CGUACUCUGGGUUCACUGUAUCGCCUGGGUGGACUGUAUAGUUACUUCAACAUUAAAUGGAAUAAAAUGCAGCGGAUUCAUGUAAAUAGAGACGUCACUCAAGCGUAAUUAAUUAAUGCUUCGUAAACAAGACGGGUCGCCUCUGGAGAAGGUGUCUGCAGGCCUUUUUUCGGUUUUUAUCGGCAAUAUUUCAGGGAGAGGAGCGACAUCUUUUUUCAGCACAGCAGCUGCUGGAAACUUUGUCACUUUUGUCCCUGUGGACCGAACGAUGAACUGAGGACCUCUGAUCCAUAACUUGACACAUCUCUACAGCGCCCCCUCCUCCCUCUCUCCGUCCAUCAGUCAGAGGGUUUGACGACGUUGCCUAGACACACCUGGGCAGAGAAAUGUGUGUGCGUGUGUCGUCGGCUGCUGGACUGUGUCUGACUGUUUCUGGGCUGAAGUAAGAGGUCACAGGCUGAACAUCCUCUCUAACCCUCAGAGGCGCUUCUACAUUUGACUGACCACAUCAUUUGUGUCCACGACCACAAGGCAUCAUGGGUAGGAAAAAGAUUCAGAUCCAACGGAUCACCGACGAAAGAAACAAGCAGGUGACAUUCACAAAGCGAAAGUUUGGCCUGAUGAAGAAAGCUUACGAGCUGAGUGUUUUGUGUGACUGCGAGAUCGCUCUGAUUAUCUUUAACCAUGCAAACAAGCUGUUCCAGUACGCCAGCACUGACAUGGACAAGGUCUUGCUCAAAUACACAGAGUACAACGAGCCGCAUGAGAGCCGAACCAAUGCAGAUAUUAUUGAGACUUUGAGAAAGAAAGGCUUCAACGGUUGUGACAGUCCAGAGCCAGAUGGUGAAGACUCCAUCGAUCAAAGUCCCCUCAAUGAUGACAAAUACCGCAAGACUACAGAGGACCUGGACGUUCUCUUCAAGCGCUAUGGACAGACGCCGGCUCCGCCCCAGACGUUCUCCAUGCCGGUCACAGUCCAGUCGUCCAAUCAAAGCACACUGCAAUUUAGUAACCCUGGCAACGCACUGGUAACUACCUCCUAUGUUACGUCAUCAACCCUCACGGAUACCCACCUCCUGUCACCACAGCAACCUGCUCUACAGAGAAACACAGUGUCUCCCGGGUUGCCACAGCGACCAGCCAGUGCAGGUGCUCUUCUCGGAGGCGACUUGAAUAACUCAAAUGGAGGAUGCCCAAGUCCAGUCCCUAAUGGAUACACCAGUGCCAGGGCCUCCCCAGGCCUCCUCACUGUUUCCAACGGCAACAGUCUGGGGAAAGUAGUUCCGGCCAAGUCUCCACCCCCACCUCCGAGCCCCCAGAUGGUCAACAGCCGCAAGCCAGACCUCCGAGUCAUCACCUCACAGGGCGGAAAGAGCCUCAUGCAGAUGACAGAGGAUGAGCUGGAGUUGGUAAACGAGAACGCUCAGCGCCUGGCAGCAGGAGCUCAGGUGGCUCAAACCCUCACCACGCCAGUGGUCUCCGUGGCAACACCCAGCCUCCUGGCACAGGGUCUGCCCUUUUCCGCCAUGCCAACAGCGUACAACACAGAAUACCAGCUGACCAGUGCAGACAUCACUGCUCUACACGCUCUGGCAUCACCUGGCGGUUUGUUGCCUACCAGUGUGUCAACAUGGCAGCAGCAGCAAGCUGUUUCCCAGCAACCACAGCAACAACAGCAGCAGCAACAGCAAGCACAGCAACAACAACAACAGCAACAACAACUUAAUCUUGCAUCACUCAGCAACUUGGUCAUGUGGGGCGUGGACAAACAGAGCAGCGAGCUGUCUAGCCAGGUGUCCAGUCUGGCUGCAAAUCUGAGUGUUGGCUCUCCGUCCAACCUGCUCUUGGGUAGAGAUGAGUGGUUGGGCCGGCCGGUGACUCACAUACCUCAAGGCGCCAUGCUGACCGUCAACACCAACUCCAGCGUGAGCAUCAAGUCGGAGCCCGUCUCGCCUGGCCGCGAUCGCAGCACCCCCUGCCCUCCUCCAUCUUCCUCCACACCAUCCUCAACCUCAGCCGGAGCCAUCCCGAACGCGCCGCCGCAGUACCCAGGCUCCCUACUGUGCCUGGAGCCGCCAACUGGACGCUCGCCCGCGGACAGUGUAAGUAGCAAUGCCAGCUCAUUCGAAGGCAGCGAUCGUGAUGACAGCGGCGCAGCUGGAGGUGGGGGCGGCACUGGAGGAGGAGGCGGAGGAGGAGGGGCUUCAGGAAGCGUCGGUCCAGCCAGUCGUACCGUCCCGCCUGACUUCAGCCCCUCAGCUGAGCUCCUCAGGGCGUCAAACGAGCCGGAGCAGGAGGGAGGAAACAUCAAGCGCAUGAGACUGGAUGCCUGGGUGACAUAGAGGCUCUGCACCCACACUAAAGUUUUGGUGACACUCAAACACCCACACCUACUCAUCCUAAACCCCCCACUACCUUUUCACCCACUGCCAUGUGACACUAUCAUCACACAUCUGCCUCCGCCCCUAAUUAUACAGCUCUGCUCCGUCACCUAGACUUAACGAGGCUUUGCCAAAAACCAGAAAAGAUUAAGAACAUUGUGGGGGAUAUUGCACCCUGAGAGAGGAGACGACGGCUUCACACUCAGCUGGAUUUUUUUGUCCUGGGUUGGCCCUUGAACAGAAGGAUGGUAGAUUUUUUAAGCCUUCUUGCUUGAACAGACUUCCCCCUUAUAUUAAUUUUUAUUGUUCGAACACUUAUCUUUCACAUGGUUUCUGCAUAACCUUCAUGUAUGUACACCCAGCUCUGCUACAUGGUCCGCAGCGUGAUUGGUGGCUUGUUGUCAUUAUGGGACUUUUGCUGUAUGACUCACUCUUUGAAAUCCAGCGCCGCUUGGAUUGUGUGCUGUCCAUUCUUCCAUUAAGUCACUUCCAAACUGCACUUUGGAUUAAACUUAAUCUGGACAAGUCUGAGGACUAUGUGUAUAAAGCUGGCACUGAGCUAACAGACUCACUCAGGGUCUUUUUGAGGACUCUGCCAGAGUGCCAAUAUCAACCUCUCUUCAACAACUAGAAAAAAUGCCAAAUGCCUCUCAUGAAGUGUGCAGGGACGCUGACGGAUUAUCACUCGCACUGUCUCAAAAACUACCAGAACUAGGAACUGAUUCUCUGAAUUCCUUCAGCACUCAGACUGGAGCUUCUCCUCCUCCCGUCCUCUCAUCAUCUCCUCUGAUGGAAACAUGGCAGCAAAAAUCCAGCCAAUCAUCACUCAGAUUACUAUCGAGGAGUAGAUGCCAUCCAGUUAAAUGCAUAGUGAGAGUUUUUUGAGCCUUUGGUGGCUGUUUUUGAGGUAGGGACGUAUUUGGUUCUUUCAGUCCAAGUGUUCUUUAUCUGUUGGUAUUUAAAAGAAAAAAUCUGUUUUGAAGGUCCGUUAGUCGUCCUGAAGUAGGAAUUCUGACUUUGUAUAAAAAUCACUCCUUAUACAAAAGCUUUGAUGUCCUCUUUAGCUCUCUCUAGCUCUCCUUAGCUCUUUGCCGUGUUUGGAAAAAGUGAAAGGAAAAAGACAUUUUCUAUAUUUCUACCGCUUCAGUUGGCGACAGAGUAAAAAUAGCUUUUCAGCUUCAAAUGACGUGUAUGUACAUAUGAAUAUAUUUGCAUAGACUUUGCUAGGUAUCCCUAAAAACAAGCAAUGUGUUGAUUCUCAGUGGAUCUGUUUGCAUAUAUGAGUGUGAAUUUGAUAUGUGCAGGGGUAAAAUGCCACACUGAGGCCAUGCUGGUGGAUCGGACUUGUUUCAGUAAACCUAUUUUAUGCUCGUGUUGAUGGUGUGUGCACUUUCUGUCCCCUCACUCACAGAGGCCUGCUUGGUUGUGGUGUCAUCAUAUUCUCCUACCACACUUUUUUAAAAACCCACGAUCAAAUCAAGUUGUCCAUAACCACCUGAACAUGGAAUGAUUAGGACACUGCCAUUCACUUGUAGUGUAGUUAAGAGAUGAAUCACUUCUUUGACGCAUAAAAAAUCACGUUUAAUCUUUUCACCUUAAGCAAACACAGAUUUUUGCCUUUUUUCACUUAGAAUUUAAGUCAAGAAAUUGGCUACCAAGUGCUGUGUUUGUUGUUUAAUCGUAUGUUUUCUAGUACAAACUGUCUGAACCAUUUCAAGUUAGUGUGUGAGUGUGUGUACACGGGUUGUUUUUAGCCUACAGAUAGAACGUUUCUCCUGAUUGCUUGACCUUUUCAUCCAGUGAGACGAUGCUCAAAAUGCAGACUGGUGUUUAAGACUGUUUACUCUCUGCUGAAACUAUCCUACAUUUUAAAAUCGGUGUAGGUGACGUGAAGGAAGAUGACGCAGCUGCUUGUUGGUCACAGCCCACAGCAGAAUCAAACCAGCAAUUUGCACCAAACUCCAUAGAUGUGUGGAAGAACAUCAGUGGGAUAUUUUCACACAGAUGAGGUUAUUUUUCCGUCCCUCUUUCGACAGUGUGGUAGCUUUUCGCUCUGCUUACUUCACUUUCUUCUCCUUUCAAUCAUCCCUGAUGAACAUUUAAAGUUUAAUAAUCAAUGAUCACGUAAUCGGAGGAAGGUGGACUCGUAAACUGUUAUAUCAAAGUUUAACAUUUCUGCAAAUGUGCUUCUUGUUUUCGUUUCCAGAGCAGAGUUUAAUGGCUUUCAUGUCGGUGCGGUGAAUUUGGAGCUGCAGCCAGAAGCAGGUUAGCCUAGCAAGAAACAGAUUUACAGUCUCACUAUUUUAAAAGUAAAAUAACACAAAUACAGCAAAAUCUGGAAAGCUGAGCUCCUCUUCAGGUCAUUAGAAUCAGAAUCAGCUCUGCUGGUCAGGUAUGCUUACAUAUGCAUGGUAUUUCAUUUUGGCUAUUUAAUGUACAAACCAGUAGAUAUUGAACAAUAAACAAACAACAACAAUAAACUAUUAUGUUCAAGCCUACAGAAGAUGACAGUGCUGGGCUGAAUAGUGCAAAGAAAGCUGAAAUUAACCUGAAAAUGAGUUAUCAGACGAUGUGACAGGUAAGUAUUUUAUAAAAACUAGAUAGCUGUGGAAUUGCAACCACAAGUUGAACAAUCGGUUAUUAUUAGGGAUGCAUAAUAUGGGAAUUUUGCUGGAUAUCAGCAAAAAAAUUCAGGUUUAUUGAAGCUAACAUUGAUAUUAAUACGGGUAUAUAAAUGUAGUUCAGAUCCAUAAAAUUAAAGCUAUAAUUUGAAGCAGUGGGUCAGGACCCACUGGGGUCAUUGAGCUGUUUCCAGUCAGUCAUGAAUGUGUGUCUGGAACAAAAAUUGUGAGUCUUUAAAGUGCUUUUAUUUUUUUAUAUUUCUUUCUUUUUUUUUUUUUGUCAAAGAUUUUGACAACAGCAAGGAAUCAAAAAAGUGCUCGAUAUAAUUGUUUCAGGAUUAUUCAGGAACUGUCAUUGUUAAAUUAUCUGAAAUCUUUGGGGAAUUUUCCUUGUAAUUUCCCCCAAAAAGUUUAAUUUUCCCUCAAUUUUGGUGAUUUUUAAUAUUCAGCAGUCAGUAUUAGGACUUCCCACAGAACCUUUAGCAGCUUUUUUUUUAAUUUUAUUCAGAAUAUGUCCCAGACACUUUUGGAAAUCUUAUGAUACUUUUCCCUAAAAUGUUGCAGUAUGUUUCAGCACUGUGUUUCAUUGAACGAAUGUGAUUGGAAAAUAAAAUAUCAGCAAUUUAGUUUGCGAUUGCUUAUGAGGGAGUUGAUGGUGGGUUCUGCAUUAAGACCUGUUGAGAACCACUGCAUUUAAGUUUAAGGAAUGAGGGUGAAGGAAGAAAAACUCCAUGAAUGUAUUCGUACAUACAGCCGAUGUUUAAAGCCAAUAAAAAUUGGCUGGAAAUUUCAGCAGAAAUGUUCAUGUCUGCUGAUACUGAAACCAUGUCUACAAUGCCAGCAUCUCUUUUAUAUUUGUACUUCUAUCUGGUAUAGUUAUGCAGUUAUUGAACAUCGUGUUUAAUAGGUAUCCCGUGUUCUUGGUGCUAAAAUGUGCAUCUUUUCAGUGAAUGUUUGGGUCACAUCUAUGGCUUCAUCUGUGGUUUUAUUUGUUUACCAAGUGUGGUUCAUUUGCUCUUGAUUGGAUUUUGCUUUUUUGAUGAACAAGAAAAAUCCCAUCAUUGCCACUGUCAAGUCUUUGUAAUAUUUAGGUCAGUAGUUCUCAACUGGUCUAACCUCAGGACCCUUCACCACCUCCCCAAGGAAAGAUGUGACCCAAACUUCUGGAAAAUUUCACCUGCUCAGUUUGGACCUUAGAUGGAACAAAACCCACGACAGAACAAAGAGAAAACAAACAUGUUUGAAACUUAACUAUUGUUGAAGCCCUGGAAGGACAUGAAUGUUGACAUUUAUUUUCAAGAUUCUAUUUAUUUGUCAUUCUCCCUAUGUAACUGCAUCAAGGUUAUUUUAGUUAAAACUAACAAAUGUAAAAAUCAUUUUAGUUAGUUUAUUGAAACUUGAUUAAAAAAAAAUGCUUUUUUUAACAUUACCUUACCAAAACUGAUCUGCAUACAUAAAAGAGAUGUUAUACUGUUUUUCCAGCCCCCCAGCAGUGUGACAGAGAGAAACAAAAACUACAGAAGAAAAAAUCACUUAAAUUAAUCUAUAAACAAUUUGAAAAAUAAUAUGCAAUCGUAAUAAUCAUAUUCAACACAAUUUCCCCAUGAUUAUGUAUAAAUUUUCAAGAGCUCUAGGAAAAUAAACCUGUUAUUAUGGGGAAACCAGCCCUAGCUUUUUUAUCGCAAAAUAAUUAGAUAAGUUAAAAUCUUGCGAAAACAAUUUACUAGUUAUCACACCAAAACAGAGUGAAUAAAAUAUAUGACAGACCCACCAGUUGAGAACCACUGCUUUAUAGUAUUAUAUCUAAGGAUUCAUCUAAACAGGAAAAUUGUCUUAAAUAUAUUUUCAUUCAUAAACUUCUUCCUUAACAACAUUAAUCAGAGUAGAAAUAAAACAAAAUGUAUAUUUAAAAGGAUAAAAAAUGAGCAAAAAUGUAGAAGGGCACAGCUUGAUGUGAAUGUUUUCCUUCUUUAUGCUAAGCUAGGCUAACAGGCCGCUGACUGCAGCUUCAUUUUGAGGUUCAGACAACUUGUGUGGUAAAUCAGUUUUCUGAUGUAACGGAGAACAAGAAGCACAAUCCUGAAAAUGUUGAACGUUUUUUAAAGAUUCAACUGUUAAAUUCCUGCCUUUAGACAGAGCUGAUGAUCUGUUUUACCUCACGGUCCUUCCCAUUUAAACUUUGGCGAUGAUAUUCUCUGUAAACUUUGUGGGUGCUGACGGUCGACUGAAAUGUGACACCACACCGAUUGAGGUUUGUUCGUGUACAAAAAGGUUCUCUGUCCACUCUUAGCAGUGUAGUCACAAGACAAUCUAUAUGAGAAAUGAAACCUGCACCCCUGUUACUCGUUGUGUACAAUGUUUUUUAGAAUCUCACUAUUUUUGGAUUAAUUUGUGCUGGUGACAGUUCCAUUGUCUAUUAUUAUUAUUAUGAUGAUAUUAUUAUGGAGCUUUUAUUUUAUUGCUAUUUUGUGUAGGAUAGUCAACUGUUUUAAUUUCUCUCUUAUUUUAUCUUCCUUAUCAUAAACAUAUAGUACUGGUUUCCUUUUUUUAAACAACUUGCUGAAAAUUGCACGAUCAGUUAUUGUGGUAUUAGCAAAUGCAAUGAAGGAAAUACCAGUUAAAUGCUGCAAUUUUAAUUCAGAUAUAGAAUAUAUUUAUAAAAAAAAUGGGAAACAACUGAAAUUAGUAAUUCAUGAAAUUUGAAUAAUGUAAAUGCAUGGGAUACAGGUAACAACAAAACUUAUGUUACACACAGUAAUGAUAAAGGACAUGCAUCACAAGUGAGUUUGACAACAACUCAGAAUAAUGUAGCAUAUGAAAUACUAAAGAUGAAAUUUAUAGCUAAUAUAUUGUGUUGAGCUAGUCUGCUUUGGGUUUUUGUUGUAAAGAAAAUAUUUCUUUUUGUUGUUUUUUUGAGAAUGAUAUACAGUUUGUGUAUAUUUUCAUAUACAAAGUAUGCACUGAUAUGUUAUUGAAAUUCUAUACCGCUUUUACAAAAAAGUGUUUGUUGUACCAAAGUAUCCAAGUCCCUUGAGACCUUACCCUUUUUGCGUAUGUUUUACCGUAUUUUAUAUAUUAAAUAGACAAACUGAGUGAAAUGAA